AACCUUUAAAUUUCAAAGUCAAAACAACACAUACCGUCGUGACAUAUACUUCGCGAUAAUGCCAAGUUAUUAUCAAAUAACGAUGCCAAAUUAUCGCUUGAAAAAUCGCAAAAAUAGACAUAAUAAAUUACGAAAAAAUCCAGAACAAAGGAUUGGAAAAUUAUAUGUAAAUUUCGUUCUAUACAUUCUCUCGAGGAAUAUACACGCGAAGAAGGGUGCGUUGCUGCAGUAAUGUCCAAUGCGUCGUCGGGACGCUGAGGUUGAGAGGGGAGAAACGACCGGGAGGACUGAUAGUGCGACCUCUGGUGUGCUUCGAUGUGCAGAUAUGUGUAUCGUGCUAUGCGUUGCAUUGCUGUCGAAUAUGGCGUCGAGCUUGGACCUGGCGGAGUAUUCGUCUCCGGUGAAGCGUCGUAGGGUCGACGACGGCGGCGGUCACGGGAGCAUCAACGAGGUCGCGAUGGAUCCGAUGGCCGGUGAGACAGCCUACGCCAGCCCGAACGACGAUUUUGAAGAAACCCUUGAUACAGAUAGUGAGUUUACGGAACUGAGUGAUGAAUCCAAAUCAGCAUCCAUAUCUCCUGCAACUACAAAUUUAAUAUCACCGCCAUCCAGAGUUGACUCGGUCAGCAAUGAUACUGGUUGUCCAAACGACACCGCGGACGAAAAAGACGAAGUCUCUUCUACUGUUUCAAAUCUCUCGGAUUUAUCAGGAUUAUCCGAUCUUUCCGGGGAACCAGAAAUUGCCCAUCAGUGGCGAAAUGCUUCUUCUUGGGUUCAAAGACAGAUGCUCACUGGUGCUGACCCGAGAGAUCUCCUACAUCACAUUCUUAUGGGUUCCACACAGAUUCCUGAGCAGAUGAUAAUUAACAUGAUGUCGGAGCCUCCUAAGCGGCAGAAACUCAGACACAUAAAUACUUUGACAGACGUGGUGAGAUUGGUUCGCAACAGCAAGAAAAUCAUAGUAUUGACUGGGGCUGGUGUGAGCGUCAGCUGUGGUAUUCCUGACUUUAGAAGUAGAGAUGGUAUUUACUCAAGACUAGCACAAGACUUUCCAAACUUACCAGACCCACAGGCUAUGUUCGACAUUAAUUAUUUUGCUCAAGAUCCCAGGCCGUUCUAUAAGUUCGCACGUGAAAUAUAUCCAGGACAAUUUAAGCCUAGUCCUUGCCACAGGUUCAUCAAGAUGCUAGACAAACAGAAGAAACUCUUGAGGAAUUAUUCACAAAAUAUUGACACUUUAGAGCAAGCCGCUGGUAUCGAGAAUGUGAUUGAAUGCCAUGGUUCCUUCGCUACUGCAUCGUGCACACGAUGUAAAUAUCAAGUUAAAGCUGACGACAUCAGGGAAGAUAUCUUUGCGCAGAGGAUACCCUCGUGUCCGAAAUGUCGUGUUAAUAUGUUACGUUCUCUGCCCAAGAUUAACUCCAACGAAAAUUACCGAGAUCUGGUAUCUCAAGGAAUAAUGAAGCCGGAUAUCGUUUUCUUUGGCGAGGGAUUGCCGGACGCUUUUCACGACUCGAUGGCCAAAGACAAGGACGAUUGUGACCUUUUAAUCAUUAUCGGUUCGUCCCUGAAAGUUCGGCCGGUGUCAUUAAUCCCGUCAUCCAUUCCGUCGCAUGUACCGCAGAUCCUCAUUAAUCGGGAACCAUUGCAGCACCUUAAGUUUGACGUUGAGCUGUUGGGUGAUGGUGAUAUUAUUAUCAAUCAGAUAUGUCAUCUGUUGGGAGAUCCUUAUAAAGAAGUCUGUUGGCAUGAUAAGAUUUUGAAGGAGGUGUCGCAACUUUUACCGGUGCGUUGUCUAUCCGACGACACAUGGGAACAGAGUCAAGAUACAACAACCAACACUGAACUGUCGCGCGACAGCGUGGAAGUCGAUUUGAAGUCUCACAAUGUGUCUUCGACUGAGAGUCAAGACAGUCUGUUGAUCAAUACGAAUACAACGCCACAGCAUGCAGAAGAAAUCAAUAUCUGUGUGUCACCUUUCUAUGGUGGACACGUGGAAAAUACGGAGGAGGGCUUCAAUCUUCUAGGAGAAAGUCCAAAGAGGCGGUCAGGUGAUACCAGUAUAGAGAACAGUCCUAAGAGGAUGAAUUUCGGUAAUACGCGCGAUGCGAAACUCGUGAAUUUCGUUUCAUCGCCGACGAAAGCUAAUGAUGAAUGUGCAAUGACCACGUCGAGGAAUAAGACUCAUGCUGCGUCUACAGAAUCGGCAUCUGAAAACAGUUCAACGGAGGAAUGUCAAGUAGUACCAACGACAGUGUCGUCAGUCUCGUCGGAAGCCGCUUUAUACGAUAACCUGGAGUCGCACAAAUUGUUGGACAACUGUGAGCAACCGAUCGAGUACGACGAUAUUAUGACAGUAGCAGAUGUCAUUGAGUCGGACAAGACGAUACCGAAGCCGAGGCAAGCGUCGGUAGACUCUGUACUGGAUUCUGGUAUAGGCGACAGUUGUAACAGCGUCGACAGCACGGAGAAGUACGCGAUGACCGAGUUGAAAAACAGAACAUUAGAAGGACAUUGUUGGCAACCGAAGAUCCGAGAGAGUCUCGCUAUCAGACUACCAGAAAACUCGUAUUAUCAGAUGAAACUAGGCAGAUACAUUUUUCCUGGCGCGGAGGUCUAUUCCGAGCCCGAGGAUUACGAUCAAUGCUCGCUGUCGGCGAAUUCCGAGAGCACAGACAGCGACUGUGACUCCUCCUCGGGUGAAGAGGAAGAGGACGAGGAGGAGGAGACAUGCGCCGAUGACGAUCUGUCGGAGAGCGCAGAUCCCGACGCGGACUCUGACAGGCGAAACAACGACGCGAAAUGGACAAGUAAUUCCUACGGUGUCAGGCAGGAUUAAAGCUCGAUUGUAGCGAUUAGUUUUGGGUAAUUAUCAUUCUAUCGACUCUUAAUCUGUGUCGACUCUCACCGACGAAGUCAUUGUGUAGUAUGAUAGACGGUGCAAUUUUUACCAGCUCGCAGUUCGUUUGCAACGACGAGGAUAUACGUUGUAUGUCGUUCGUAAGUAGAAUGGUUAAACCAUGGGUGAGCCAUCUGCUUUACACUGUGAGACUCAUUGCGAAGAUCAGCUGGAAUCCUUAUUCCAUUAACGUUGAGUACAGCUGUGAGAUACUUCAAUUGUCUUUGUGCUUUGUAUCUGUCGGAGGUACAGUCGUGGGUAGAUACAAUCAGAGUUUCAUAUUGAAGUCUUUAUUUAUUCGUGUAUCGUGUGCGAUUUAUCAUCAUGUGAUCUUGGAAUCUUAGAAUAUUUUCAAAUCUAUGCACGCACAAUGUAUUAUAAUUCGAUGUAUUAUUGGUUUUACUGUUCGUAAAUUGUGCUAAAUUUCGUGCUCAGUUUCUCGAAUUUGUCUCUUGCUUUACGUUUAGGAAUCUUCGUUCGUUUCUACUUCUACGGUUAGUGGCUGCGAAACGGAAGCACAUCGAUAACUAUUCGUAUCUCACGUGUUGUCCAUGCAAUCUUCGUCUGUGAAGAUUUUGGAAAUUAUCGAUAUUGCUUUCAGCUUAAAAAUGCACUAUCUAUAAUUAUUUCUUUUCCUAAUAAUAAUCUACUAAGAGAGUUACUUCAUACACAUGAGAUGUACAUACCGCUAUUUCAAUCUGACGUUCUGUCACAAGUCAGAAAGUCAGGAGACACAACAUUAGCGGAAAUUAGAUUUUGUCUUAAUUAAGCGACGAUAACGUGUAAAUAUGAGAUUAAUCGUAAACGUGUAUUAGCACAGUUAAAAAUCGCGGAUUGUUGAAUCUAUGUGAUGUGGGUGAAAUGGUAUUCCAGACGGUAAAUCCGUUCGUUUUAGCUGCAAUAUGGUCUCUUCUGCAUUUAAAAUGAAACAAGUUUACUCACCACAUUUUGACGGGAGAAAGGAAAAAGUGAGAAAAAGGGACAAACGGGAGGUGCAAAGAAGAGUAGUGAGUAUAGCUAAAAUUGACGGAUCCAAUUGAUGCAUUUCGUGAAAAUGAGAUUUAUUAUCUUAUUUUAUUAUAUCGGAAUAAAUGUAAUCGCACACCUUUACGCAUGCGAGCACACUUACGUGACAUGAAGGUGUCAUGUUAGUUUCUUAGGAUUAUAAAUUCAUAAAAUCGUCCAAGACGGACAGUUUCUUCAUUCGUGAUCUUUGAUUGAUUGGUUCGCGAAUGAUAUUCAAGCGAUAUCUUAUUCGAUGAGAAAGCAAGAGUAUGACAAAACACAUGCAGAAUCUGCUAUAAUAUUACUAAAUAAAAAUAAAAAAAAAAACUUAUUCGCGACGCUGUGUCCGUCGUUAUGAAUAGAAUCGCUAGUAUUAGUCGACAUCUUCUUUCAAUGUUACUUGAGGAAGGAAAAUAAUAGCUAGUUACAAAUCAUAUAUAAUUCUAUUAGCCUUGAAUUCAGCUGGGAAAUUUCAGUUCCUUCCUUUUCGUGCGCGAUUUUCGGUUACACGAGAUAGAUCCCGCCAGAUUUAUCCAUGCGAGCACUUGGAGCACGAGCAAUUGGACCGAGCUUUCGACAAAUGGGAAAAUAAUAUCCUGCAAAAUCGUAAUCGGUCCAAACAUGUAAUCGAUGAUCACUGAUUCUAUCGUACAUUAAGUUAUACUAGUAGCUUUUUGCAUCACAAUACGGAUAAUCGUCAUAGUUUGGCAAUGGACACUCUUUUAGACUUGUUAAGUUCAACUUUGUUUCAUUGGAGCACGGGCGAAUGUACAAAGCAAUGUUGGAUAGCUUCGCAUUGCGUGUUAUUUUUAUAUGAGCAAGGAAAAAAGUAGAAUAGUGAAUUUACAAGAUUAAAAACAAAAUGACGCAAUAAUCUUUGACAAACCGUUGUUAAAUGCGGUCUUAUCCGUAAGACAGAUUCAUAGAUAAAAAGGAGAGAAGAAUAGUAUAACUGAACACAGGGAGUGCACGGCGUGUGGGAUCCGUGAGGAUCCGUGAGAUUUGCUAAGACAUUUUAUAUGCACAUAGGGGAACGGUUCUGUCAAAGACAUUAUUGCAACUUAUCUAUAAGAAAUAAAAAAAAAACGGUUGUGUGCAAGUUAUAUAUAAUUACAAUGGACGUAAACUUACUUUGAUUCAAUGCCACCGCAUUGUAUAAGUAAUGUUUGAAAUAACGGCGAAAAUUAUGUAAGCGAGGGAGAGACUUUGUGUGUGUGUGUGUGUAAGGGAGACAAAAAGGAAGAGAGAAUGUGUUUAAGAGAAAAUGAAAAAUAUUAAUAAAUCACGAGAUAAGUAACGCAUGUGAACACACAGUUCUAAUAAUGUGACAUAAGAUUUUAUUUUUCAUUUAUUCCGCUACACACAUAAGAAUUCUACACGGAAGAAUCAUUUCGAUGUAGAGAUACUUUCGCUACAGCGGCAAGAAGACUCAUUAGACAUGUUCGCCCCCGUAAAAUAGCAUAAUUUCUGUUCCUUACAGUAAGAGAGAGACGGUUUUAUAAUAAGAUUAGACACGAGAAUUAUUAAUCUUUCGCCUUGUAAAAACUGCUUUAUUUAUCAUUGUUUUGAAUGACAGCCAGGAGAAAGAUUAGUAUAUUAUUAUUUGGUAAAUUCUCUUUAUUUAUUUAAUACACAUAUAUAUAUAUAUAUAUAUAUAUAUAUAUAUAUAUAUAUUUGUGUAUGUCAUGUAACGUGUACAUUUGGUUGCGAAAAACGGUUUAGACACAAUAAAGUAUCAUUAAAAUAUCAGAUUGUGAGGGUGCUAUUGCGGGUUUGCGCAAUAAUUCGUUGUGAUAGAAACUAAAGUGAUUAUAUUGCGAGACAUCUCCGUUAUAUACAAUUGCAAUAGAGAGAGGAAUCAGGGAAAACAUAAGUAUUUUUAUUAUAUCUGAUAGAUAAGAAUAUAAUUAUCUGUGAGAUAAGAAUAUAAUAAAAUAUUUAUAUCGUAUAUUAUAUAAACUAUAUUAUACAAUAAUUAUAGCGCAUAUUGUCACUUUGGCUCCUCUUAUAACCGAUUGCGUAGUCUUAUUAGAAAUGUCUGUCAAUUAUGACAAUUUACCGCGUUCUUUAUUGUAUUAUGUUUAAAUCGUUUUGCAACCAAAUGUACACACACACACACGUACACACACAUAUACACACGCGCGUACGUAUAAGCGAAUGAUUGAUUUCCUGAUACCACUCAUAUAAUUUCGUAAAUCCUCGAAAACUUCGACUCUCUGCGAUCGACUAGAUACACAAUAAUAAUAUAUAUAUAAUUAUGAUCAUAUCCGUCAGAUAAUAAUCGCGCAAAAUAUAUGAUUUAGUUUCACUUGAGUUUUUUAUCUUUUUCUUUUUUUUUCUUUUUUUUUUUUUUACUUAAUUCUUUACUUACGCGCCGGGGCUACUUAAAAGAGAGUUGGAGCGUGUGAUCACAAGAUACAUCGAUCGAACGUCAUCAUGUUUUUGCCGUAUGAUUAUAUUUAUUUUAUACAUAUAAAUAUAUUUUUUAUAUGUAGUAAAAACAAUUAUAUAUAAUGUAGUAUGUGUGCAUGUAAGUAUGUGGACGUACGUAUGCGUGUAUGUGAGAGAGUUGUGUGUAUGUCUAUUCAGAGAGAGCUGUCAACUCAUGAAGGUUUGACAAUCAUACCAACUUUCUUGCGCGGUACUGACUUUCUGUAUAAAUAUACGUCGUCACAUGUAAAUAUUUAUUAUUUUUACUGUAUAUGUCAGUCGCAGGAUUUGUCGCACCACCUGAAUUGAACGGGAAUGUAAACGAUUAUUUUGGAUUCGAGUCCGAUUUAAUUGACCGUAUCGUAAGCUAUUUCCCAAAUUUUUGUGCUGGCGCGACAAAACAAGGACAAAGUUCUGAAUUUUUUAUAAUUUGUUAUUUAAUGUAAUGACUGUUAUAAAAAAAAUGUUCUUUAUUACACACGUUGUAAGUUUUCUGUUUCUUUGGUAUUACUAACGCAUAAGCUUAUCUUUUAAAUUAAACAUUUUUCUAUGAUAAAA